AUGCCGAUACUAUCAGACCGUACAAAGAGCGUUCCUAUGCUUUUGGAUCACUUUGAGAUCCAAGAAUCUACUGAAAUGGGUCCAUACUCCACCAAUGAAUCUUUUGCAAGCUACCCACGGACCGGAGAAGAAGACCUGCUGGCCGAUGUAGUGAAGCCUGGACCAACGGACGGCUCUCCACAAAGCCCCAAAACUGAAGAGAUUCAAAAAAUGACCCGUUAUGAAAAUGCUCCCAGACGGCGCCUCCAGAACGCUCAGUUUGAAGCCUUGAUAAUACCUCAAGAACACCCAAGAACGAGCUUCCUAUUGCCCCCCCUACUUGCGAAGCAUGAUCACAGCGGACGAAACUUGGAUCCUCGUGAAUAUCAGAUUGAGCUAUUUGAACGCGCAAAGAAGAAGAAUAUCAUUGCUGUACUCGACACAGGCUCCGGAAAGACACUGAUCGCGGUUCUUCUGCUCAAACAUGUCCUCAACCAAGAACUUAUCGACCGAGAUAAUGGAAAUCCACCUCGAGUGGCAUUCUUCUUAGUCGACAGUGUGACCCUUGUCUUCCAGCAGUCAGCAGUCCUUCGAAACAACCUCGAUCAGGAUGUAGCACAUAUUUUCGGUGCCAUGGGCCCCGACUUCUGGGACUCUCAGGUUUGGGGAGACCACCUGGCAAGACACAUGGUAAUUGUGUGUACAGCAGAAAUUCUCAACCACGCUCUGCUCAAUGGGUUUGUGAAGAUGGUCGACAUCAACCUAUUGAUCUUUGACGAAGCUCACCACACGAAAAAGGACCAUGUCUAUGCUCGUAUCAUCCGAGACUCUUACCUCCCAAUAGAGAAAUCUAAGCGUCCGAGGAUCCUUGGGAUGACUGCCUCCCCGAUCGAUGCCAAAGUCAACAUCGCAGCUGCAGCCACGAGGCUUGAAAAACUUCUUGAUAGCGAAAUUGCAACGACGUCUAAUUUGACCCUGCUACGACAAGUCGUGAGAAAGCCAGAAGAAGAGACAUGGACCUACAACAAGCUUGACCUACCCUUCCCCACGGAGCUCUAUCGGCAGAUAGAGAGGGGAUUCGGGAACGUCAAAGCCCUCAAACCAAUCCUGCAAUUUUCAUUGAACGCCACCUCGGAGCUGGGAACAUGGUGUGCGGACCAGGUUUGGGAGUAUGCCGUGGCAGAGGAUGUGCUUCCAAAGCUCGAGGGCGUUAUGUCAAAAGACCUAGACGCAGACUCUGCAUCGAGUUCUUCGAAGCAGAGCCCGGAGGAAAUCCAAAAGGACAUCAUGCUGAUGAAAGAGGCCUGUCAUAUUGUCCGUUGUCACCAAUUCAAACACCCAUCAGGGCGGGAUCAGCUCAGCCCAAAAGUCGAGCUCUUCAUUCAACAAUUAUUUAAAUUGUUUGCAACGUCCAAAGAACGGAAAUGCAUCGUUUUCACUCAGCGCCGAAACACGGCGAAAACCUUGGUCCGGCUUUGUGAAAAACUGGACAUUCCCAAUCUUCGCCCCGGAGUGUUGGUUGGAAUUCGCGACGGUCUCAUUGGAUCGGCAAACUUCAGUCACCAACUUCAUGUUUUGGCGAAGUUUCGACAAGGUGAGGUAAAUUGCCUUUUUGCGACAUCGGUUGCGGAAGAGGGCCUCGACAUUCCGGAUUGCAAUCUUGUCGUGAGGUUCGAUCUUUACAAUACACUGAUUCAAUAUAUCCAAAGUCGUGGCCGUGCAAGAAAUGCCAACUCUAUCUAUGCAACCAUGGUCGAAAUGGGCAAUGAAGAACACAAAGGUAGACUUCAGGAAGUUCACGAAGCUGAGCGCCUCAUGCAAGCCUUCUGCAGAUCUCUGCCCGCAGAUCGAAUUGUCAGCGAAAACGAUCAUGAUGUGGACAUAACAUUAAGGGAAGAGAAACAGAGAAUCUACACUGUUCCUUCAAGCGGCGCAAAGCUGACUUACGCACAUGCCAUCAAUAUUCUGGAACACUAUGCCACCUCGUUGCAAUGCGAAAAUGACCUUCCAGCUGUGGUCAGCUACGCCUUGUUCUCACAGGACCACUCAUUUAUCUGCGAAAUUAUUCUCCCAGAGAAGUCACCCAUCAGAGGGCUAAUUGGAAAUCAAGCAUCGACAAAAGGCCUGGCUAAACGAUCAGCUGCUUUUGAUACCUGUCUCCUGCUCCGCAACAAUGGAUUACUUGAUGAUAAUUUCAGGUCCAGGUAUCACAAGAGGCUGCCAGCGAUGCGCAAUGCAAAGCUCUCUGUCACGAAGAAGGUAGGUAAAUAUAUCAUGAUUUGCAAGCCUUCAAUCUGGAAUCAUGAAAGUAUUACUCCAGACAUGCUUUAUGGCUUGCUCAUCAAUUUCACGCCAACGAAGCCUUUGAACAGGGAGCAUCAAAGUUUGUUGCUAUUGUCUCGGAAACGACUCCCUUCAUUUCCGACUUUCUCAGUGUUUUUGGAGAAUGAUGUGAACACUAUCAUUCAAACGGAGGGUAUUGACAAAUUUGUGGUAACUUCCCAAGAACUCAAACAACUUUCCAGCUUCACACUGGCGGUCUUCCAGGGUGUAUUCCACAAGAGCUUCGACCCGGUGCCCGAGAAAUUGCCCUGUUGGCUUGCGCCAGUCCGAGCAUGUGCUGGUGGCCUUAAUCGAAAUACCGCACCCAAGAGCGUGAUAGACUGGGAGACAGUAGCUUUCGCGCAGGAUCAUUCGGACUGGAAAUGGUCUCCAGAUAUGGACGUGAACUUUCUUUUGGGUCGUUUCAUGUAUGACCCGUGGGAUGGAAGAAAAAGAUACUUUCCCAUUGCCGUUGAGACCAAUCUACAUGCAUCAGAUUCCCCACCAGACUGGACACCACGUCGACGCUGGAUGGAAAACAUUGCCAACUACUCUCUGAGUCUUCCGAGGAAAUCACGUUCCAAGUUCUUCGAGCAUUUUGACUGGAGCCAACCUGUGCUACAGGUAGAAUGUCUCUGGCUGCGGAGGAAUUUCCUGGAUAAAGCGACCGACUCAGAGAAAUCUGAGGUCAAAACAUGCGUUGUUUGCCCACAGACACUGGCCAUAUCAUCGAUCCCAUUGACGAUAGUGACUUCAUGUCUCGCAUUCCCUGCUAUCAUCAGCAGAUUAGAGUCCUACAUGAUCGUAAUAGAGGGCUGUAAAUCCCUCAACCUGGAUCUCAAGACUGACCUUGCCUUGGAAUCCUUCACGAAGGACUCAAACAAUACCGAAGGGCAAUCUGGAAUUAUUAAGGUACAGCGAGGCAUGGGAAAGAAUUAUGAGCGCCUUGAGUUCCUGGGCGAUUGUUUCCUGAAGCUAGGAACAACAAUCUCGCUCUUCGCCCAAAAGCCAGACAAUGACGAGUACGACUAUCACGUCUAUCGAAUGUGUCUCAUCUGCAACAAGAACUUGUUCAAUACUGCGAUCAAGCUCCGCAUCCAUGAGUAUAUCCGCAGUCGUGGCUUUUCACGAAAUACGUGGUAUCCGCCAGGUCUAACGCUAUUACAUGGGCGGAACUAUAUUCCGCACAUUGAAGCGGAGAGCUCUCACAACCUCAGCGAAAAGUCAAUUGCCGAUGUUUGCGAGGCAUUGAUUGCAGCAUCCUUGCUGUCCUGUGGUAAAGAUCAUCGAUUUGACUUGGCUGUUCAAGCAAUCACCCUUCUCGUUAAUAAUGAGAACCACACCGCAACUCGUUGGGCAGACUACCUUUCGUCUUACACGAAACCAACCUGGCAGUUACAAGUAGCCGAUGCAGCUGAGCGAGACCUUGCGAAACAGGUCUUUCAGAAGCUUGGGUAUAGGUUCAAGUUUCCUCGUCUGUUGCGGUCUGCUUUCACACAUCCUUCUUUUCCGUUAUUUUAUUCUAAGGUGCCCUGUUACCAACGACUCGAAUUUCUGGGUGACGCGCUUCUCGAUAUGGUGUGUAUUGAGUUUCUGUACCAUCGAUAUCCCGAUAAAGAUCCUCAGUGGCUCACUGAGCACAAAAUGGCUAUGGUGUCGAACAAAUUCCUCGGCGCUUUGGCAGUGAGACUAAGCCUACACCAGCAUCUUCAAUACGUUGGUGGGCCCCUGCAAGGCCUGAUCACGCACUAUGCAGAAGAUAUCCAGAUUGCAGAGGCCGAAGCCGACGGGGCGAUGGACUACUGGCUUGACACAAGAGACUCUCCAAAGUGCCUUGCAGAUAUGAUCGAAGCAUAUACCGGUGCCAUUUUCGUAGACUCGGAGUUCGAUUUCACCGUGGUCGAGACCUUUUUCACAGCUCAUAUGCGGCCUUUCUUCGAGGACAUGUCUCUGUAUGACACGUUUGCCAACAAGCACCCAACGACCUUCCUGCACGCCCAAUUGACGAAUGUCUUCGGGUGCACCAACUACUGUCUCAAGACUGGCGAGAUCCCCGAGAUAGAUGGCGAGAAGCCAAAAAUCCUGGCUACCGUAAUGGUGCAUGGCCACUCCAUCGCGAAUGCGGUUGAGACGUCUGGUCGGUAUGCGAAGGUGAGGGCGAGCGAGCAGGCAUUGGUAGCUGUUCAAGGAAUGCUUAAAUCCGAUUUCCAGCUCAAGUACGGCUGCGGUUGCGGGUCCGUGGAUAAGAAGGAUCUCGAGGAGCUGGAGAUUGGGACUGCGGUGUGA